AUGCGACGCUCACGGGUGCUGGUGCUGCACCAUCGCUUUGUGCGCCCGAUCGCUAGUGUUGCGCCGAUCACCUCGCACACUAGCAUGGAGAAGAGUCGCCGGAGGGUUGGGGUGAGUAAAGGCCUUCAAUAUCGAUUUGUAAUCCGUAAACCAGCUUCAUUAGUAUUGCUGCUUGAGUACUGGGAAGCAGAAGAGAAGAAAAUGGAAAACAUUUCAGAUUUAGAAGAAAGCUAUCCUUUCGACGUUGAAGCCCAGCAAUCACUGUUGCUGCCAACACAUGAACCUGAAAGUACUUCAAGACGGGCUUUGAAGAGGGUAAUUUUGUUGAUACGCUCAGCCAACCUUUUCAAGCUAUCGGGAGAAAACUAUUCCACCUACUGCUCUUCAUCUGAUUCGAGCGCAUCAAUAUUGUCGCCUGCUUAUACUUCUGUUGGCACUGCUGAUGGUGAAGAUAAUGCGGGUUCCGAAAUCGUGGAAGCUGCACGUGUUUCGCUAGAGUUGCAUGAGGAUUCCUUAAUUGUCGAGUCUAAGCCCCAGAAUGAACGCACCAGUACUAUUGAGCUCCAGUGCAUCCAGAUGAGAAACAUCGCCGAGAUGGUAAAGAGAAAGAACUUGGAUGAACUUCAUAAUUAUGGAGGAGUCCGGGGAGUUGCAGAUGCAUUGAACACUGAUCUCACCCUCAACUUCUCCCAUAUCUUUAAGGAAGGAUGCAACAAUUACACCAUCUUCCUUCUAUCAUUAGCUGCCGUCCUAUCCCUAUCCUUUGGAAUCAAGGAAGAAGGCGUAGCCAACGGCUGGUUUGAUGGGACAAUUUUAUUUGUUGCCAUCUUUGUACUUGUUGUUUUCAUAGGAAUACGUUCUUACUCCCAAGCAAGGUGGUAUCAGAAAAAGUUUCAGAAACAAUGGUUUUCAGAAGGGAGGAAUGGGAAAGUGAAAGUAAUCAGAUCAGGGGGUCCUCCUUUAGUAGUUCCUUCAUCUGAUCUACGUGUUGGUGAUAUAGUAUGUUUGCAGAAGGGAUAUCAGGUUCCAGCUGAUGGAAUAUUUGUAGAUGGUCAAGCACUACAAUUGAACGAUGGGUUAAUUGACAACAAAAAGCCAUUUUUGUUUUAUGGUUCAAGGGUGAUCGAUGGAGAUGCUCGAAUGAUUGUGACAUCCGUGGAGAUGGCCACAGUGUUGGGCGAGAUGAUAGGCAAGGAGAUUGAGUCUACUGUCAAGAAGUGCGAAUUUGAAGUUUUACUUCAUAAAUUGAGAACCUGUAUGGAUUUUUUUGGACUCCUACUUUCAAUCCUUAUCCUUAUAGUUAUGUUUCUACGAUAUUCACUGGGAAAAAUAGACGAUGAAUCCGGUUACAGACCAGAUCCAAAGGGAGAACCUACCCGUUUGAAAACUAUUAUAGAUAUCAUCAAAGGAAUUAUAAUAGAAUCAAAGGGGACAGCAAGAGUUUUGAUAGCUUCACUAAGUGUCUCAGUGGUAGGGAUAAUGGAGGGCAUACCUUUUGUCAUUUCAUUUGCAGUUGUCCGUAGGAGCCGGAAAACGCUAGCAGAAAUCGCUUCAGAGAAAGACCCACUAGCUUGUGUUAAGGUGGCAUUAGUUACAGCCAUUUGCACUGACAAAUUUGGUGGAUUGACAAAGCACCAAAAGGAAGUUGACAAGUUUUUUGUGGAUAAAGAAUUUGUUGGGGAAAGCUCUAUGGUGUCCCCAAAUGUCCUCGAAUCUUUAUGCGAUGGAAUCGGAAUAUCACUUCUGUCGUCAUCUCCAAAUGGCAAUGAUUUAAAGGAAUUGGUACUUAUCUCCUGGGCUGAAGACAAAUUUGGUUUACGACGGGAAACCCUAAGCCCUCAAUGCAGCAUUGUCGAGUAUAAAGAGGGUAACCUUCCCCAAGAAUGUAGUGGAGCACUUUUGCUGAAAACCACAAAAAAUGGACAAGAGCGGAAUUUACAUUAUAAAGGACAUCCUCGGCAUAUUUUGUCCAAGUGUUCUUUUUACUAUAAUGUUGAAGGGGCAAUACAUACAAUAGAUGCUGAAAAAAGGAGAAUGUUUGAACAAGCUAGUGACUAUAUGCUAGAUGGACAAGAAGUGAUCGCAUAUGCUUGGAAAAGCACAGAUGGAUCUAAUGAUAUGUCAAUUGAAGAAAAUGACCUGAUCUUUGUAGGAAUGGUUGGCCUGAGAAACAUAAAUCAGGAUUAUAUAAGAAACGCUGUCUCAACUUUGAAAGAAGGUGGAGUUAGGACUAUUCUAGUCUCAGGAGAUUGCAUUGAUGUACUUAGGACUAUUGGCAACAAUUGUGGGCUGCUUACUCCGGAGUUGGAUGCUCUAACAGGUGAGGAAUUUAGGAACUUAACUGACGGAGAGAGAAUGCAGAAGUUGGACAGAAUCUGUAUCAUGGGAAGCUGCACCUUGCACGACAAGGUUCUUCUCGUGAAGUGCUUGAGAGAAAAGGGUGAAGUGGUUGCAAUGUUGGGGCAGAAGACAAAUGAUGCUCCAGCACUAAUAGAAGCUGAUAUAGGGCUGACAUUGGGGACUUGGAGCUCAGAAAUGGCCAGAGAUUGCUCGGAGAUCAUUAUCUGGAACGGGGAUUUUACUUUUCUUGUUGAUCUGAUCAAGAACGGGAGAUGCAUUUGUGAGAACAUAAGAAAAUUUAUCCAAUUCCAGCUCAUAAUCACCAUUUCAAGCUCAUCUAUUAAUUUCAUUGCAACUAUAGUUUGGGGGGAUGCCCCCAUGACAGCAUUUGAGUUGUUCUGGUUGAACUUGGUGGUUGCAAUUCUCGGAGGCUUGGCACUGCUGACUGAGUGGCCAAAAGAAAUCCUAAUGAAAAUGUCUCUGAAGUCAUCUCGACAACUUGUUACCAAGGCCAUGUGGAGAAAUAUUGCCAUACAAGCUUCUUAUCAAACUGCCACAUGUUUGACUCUUCGCCUCAAAGGACGUGUAAUCCUGGGAAUUGGUGCAGGCACCAUUAAGUCCAUGAUUUACAGCUCCUUGUUUCUCUGCCAGUUAUUCAACAUAUUCAUUGCUAGAGAGGUUGAAAAGAAGAAUAUUUUCAAAGGUCUUCACCAGAAUAGAUGGUUUUGGGUGGCAUGCGUUCUUUUUCUAUUGUGUCAAGCAGCAAUGGUGGCAGCAGAAAAUGUAUUGGACAGUAGUACGAGGUUGAACUGGAUGGUGUGGGCUUCAUGCAUUAUAGUCGGACUAGUUUCAUGGCCGCUGGAUUUCGCAGGGAAAUGGAUUGGUUCACUAGGAUUCCUUUCUUGA